AAUCAUAUCCGGCUGUCGUUUGAUUCAUGUUUGGCGCUGUCUGACUGAUAAUCUGACGACUUUUCUCGUAUAUCGUGUGUUUUUCGGCCGAAUUUUUCCUCAGAAUAUCUUACCAAGAUGUCGAACGUGCGAGUUGUGACGGAAGACGCCCAGUUUCAGGUGGAACUGACGAACGCAGGCACGAAAUUGGUGGUGGUGGAUUUUUAUGCCGACUGGUGUGGCCCGUGCCAGAGGAUUGCUCCCUUCUUCAACCAGCUGAGCCUUCGGUACCCGACAGUCGUGUUUGUGAAGGUGAACGUGGACCAGUGCCAGCAAACUGCAUCCAGUAAUGGCGUCCGAGCAAUGCCAACCUUCCUGUUCUUCCGUAACAAGACGAAAGUUGACCAGCUGCAGGGAGCCGACCAGAACCAGCUGGAGGAGAAGGUAAAGAAGUGGAUGGGAGACGAGGAGGAGGAGGGACAGGAGGGGUCAGGCGGGGUUGGGGUGCCUGGACAGAUGAACCUGAACUCUAUGAUCAUGAAGUCAGGCUGUGAGUGUCUAAACGACAGUGAUGACCAUCCGUUCGGCCACUGUCUGGACAAGGGUGGACAGUACCUGGAGUCAGACUGUGAUGAGCAGCUCAUCAUGACUGUCUCCUUCAACCAGCCUGUCAAGCUGCACUCUCUCAAGAUCCAGGGGCCUGAUAACGGCCAGGCACCAAAAACAGUGAAGGUGUUUAUCAACCAGCCGGCCACACCAGACUUUGAUGCCGCUGAGAGAAAUGACGCUGUUCAACAGUUUGAGUUAACAGCAGAUGAUGUGAAAGAAGAUGCCGUCAUCAACCUCCGAUAUGUGAAGUUCCAGAACAUACAGAAUGUUACUAUAUUUGUAAAAGACAACCAGGGAGAGGAGGAGACAACAGUAGUGAACUACCUAGGUUUCAUCGGAACACCCGUAUCAGCUACCAACAUGACGGAAUUCAAAAGGGUUGCAGGCAAGAAGGGGGAGAGCCAUUGACAUUGCUGCAUAGAUUCAUUCAAUUUCACAGAAGUUUAGGAGAAUCUAACUUCUGAACUUACACAACUGUAUUCUACAUGUACAAAUCGUAGGGGAGGUCCAAUACAUUUUGAGUACCGGUAAUAUCAUCAAAACACAGCCAUACAAGUACUAUCAUGAAAGUUCAUCUGUGUUGGUAGUUACAUGUUUAGAGUUAAAACUUUUGAUCCAACACAAAAAGUUCUCUCACCUAGAGCUUU